CUCCGGUUACAAAGAUUUUGGUGUUAAGCUGAUAAAUCCAGAGGAUUUUGAUGUCUAGAUAAGCGACCGACUAACCAUUUUUAGAAAAAAUGUGAAAGCUUAUGACUGUGUUCUUGGAUCCAGCUUCCUAGGACACCAUUCAAUGGGAUCAUAACUGUGUAAUUAUCUUAAUGUGUUACAAGAGCGGUCAGAACUUCGCAGGUUGAUUUACUGGUCUCUUCAAGCUUGUAAGCUUUUAUUGAAGCAGUAGGAUUGGCAAGUUAUUUAUAUGAAGCAAUUCAUGCUACCUGUAUGCAACUGUUGUUUGUGGAAAUGUAGCCAAAUCCAUCACUUGCUGCUUCAUGGAAACUUGAAAUGUUUACUGUGAUUAAGGAUCUUCUUGUUGUUGUUUCUGGGUUGUCUGUACAUAUAUUGGGUUUAGGAUGUUUCUGACUUGCAAUUUGUCAUUUAGACCAUGUUUUUAGCUAUGCAUUGGUUUCUUCUGUCUUCCUGUUUAUAGUUAACAAGUGUACAAUGCAAACAUCCUAGAUAGUUGGUGUGUAUGUUACGAACUAGUUUUCCUCUUGAUCAAGGAUCUUACUCAGGAUAUUGCAUUACUGUACUUGUUUCUUCGAAUGGUUGUCAUAUGCUCUUUCAUAGUCUCCCCCAGCAGUCUAUGCAUUCCGUAAACUGCCCCCCUCCUUUCUUUUCUUUCUCCUCCCUUCUGUUCUCACAAAACUUAACAUUCUCAAUUGUUUCACUAAGAUGCUAAUAACAGAAGCUUUCUAUGAACUGUGUGCUCCAUACAGAGUGAACGGAUGCUCUUGAAUCAUCCAUGAUGUUUCAGCUACUUCAACAAUGGAACUGGAUUCUCUGAGUUCAAUAAAGUUGGUAUGAAUCAUGAAUAUUCAGGCAGUCGAUUCAUUAAUACUUUGUCUUUAAUACCUCGUCUUUAUGGGCUUAUCAGCUUAUUUAAGGAGAGUAUAUGAAGGUAAUGGCAGAUGACGCAAUGAAAUGAAACAUGAUAGAAACUACAACUAUGAAAUAUCUUUCUGUAAUGCUUAUGAACAUAGCCUCGUCUCUCAUAUCAGAUGGUACCUUUGCAAAACAAGAAUGUCGCAUGCAUAAACUAGAUGAUUAUAGCUGAGGAAAAUCUACUCUGCUUUUGUGGAUUCAUGCUGAUAUACGUUCAACUCGUUUGGCUGUUGUGACAAUGGGGAUCGAAGACAAGAUACAGGUUUGGAGGAUGACAAACUCAGUCAUUCGUCAUGUUAUUUGUAAUGGGCUGGGAUAACCGAGUCAUGAAGCAGCUGCUUUUCAUAGAUUUCUACUCUCUAUUGCCUUUCUUUGCUUAAAAAAAUCUCCUUUCCUAUUCCUCGGCUAAGCCCGGGAAUCGUAACCAUUUGCUUAUCAUUGGACUAAAUUCCAUGAUGCAGUCCAUUAGUGGGACCAAUUUGUCCAAAACUGUUCAAGUUUUAACUAAGAGAAACUGAACCUUGGAAUUAAAUUAUUAGUAUCUUAUACAAUAAUAAAAUUUUAAACUUUUACAUUUUGAGGUAUAAAGUAAUAAAUGAUUUGAAGAGAUAUAUUUUUAAAUUUUAAAUCAAACUUUCUUUAAUGGAAAAUUUAUGAUUCAAAUGAAAGAUCUUGUAUAUACUAGCAAUAUAUUUCCUAGAACUAUAAAAAGAGGGCAUUUUUUUAUUCUGCGAGAGAAAAGAAAAAGAAGAAAGUACUCCUCUUAGUUUUAAAGGGCCAACCUUCAACGGUCGAGUCGAAUCCAUUGUCCGUGGGACUGUGAGACUGCGGGUCCGGGAGAGAUGAGGAAGGGGAAAACAGCCCCAAAUGGUGAGGGAGCGAGAGACAGAAAGCGGAAAGCAGCAGACUCCGAAACCCUCAUCAACUAUUACAGGCAGCGGCGGAAGUCAAGAGAUCUUCAAGGAGGAAAAGCAGAGGAAAUUAGAGAGUCUGGAGAUGAUGAUAAGGGCAAACAAGGAAAAGGGUUCUUCGCUUGCUAUCUUUUAACCUCUCUCUCCCCUCGCCAUAAAGGCCACAUUUAUAUCGGAUUUACCGUGAACCCAAGGCGUCGAAUAAGGCAGCAUAAUGGUGAAAUAGGAAGUGGUGCUUGGAGGACCAAGAGCAAACGCCCCUGGGAGAUGGUUAUAUGCAUUUAUGGCUUUCCAACUAAUGUUUCUGCUCUUCAGUUUGAGUGGGCCUGGCAGCACCCUCUAGAAUCAGUGGCUGUGAGGGAAGCAGCUGCAACUUUUAAAUCCUUAUCUGGAGUUGCCAAUAAGAUCAAGCUUGCAUAUACGAUGCUCACCCUCCCUGCCUGGCAGAGCUUGAACAUCACGGUAAACUAUUUCUCAACCAAAUACAGAAAGGAUUCUGCUUGUUGCCCAAGCUUGCCAGAGCAGAUGAAAGUUCAAGUUUGCUCAAUGGAUGAGCUUCCCUGCUAUACUGAAAAAGAUGGGUUUGAAUACAAAGAUGAUUGUGAUAACUUAGAUGAAUAUGAUGAAGUCAAUGAUACUUGUGAAACUGUUUGGGAAACAUAUCCAGAUGAAGUGGUUACUGCUUCAGCAGAUAAUUUUCUUAGCAGCAUUCAUGAGGCUUCUCAUGAAGAAUUUGAAGACAUUGAAGAAUAUGGAACAAGAAAACCAGUGGACUCAUCCACUCUUGGAGUACAUAAUAUACAGCCACAUGUUUUCAUUGAUUCUCCUACAAGAAAAACUUCCUCAAUAGCUACUGGCCUCCCCAUGGUAGAUCCACAACCGUGGGUAAGAGAGAAACCGUUGACUACUACUUAUGAAGGAUAUGAAAAACCAGGGGACUCAUCCACUUUUGGAAUAUAUCACACACAGCCAUUUGAUUGUGAUUAUUCAUCAGUACGAACGUCUCCCUCAUUUGUUACCAGCCUUUCCGAUGGUGAGACAGCUGAAGGUGCCAAUACAAGUAUUAUUGAGAAGGAAUGUCCAAGUCGGAAGCAAUUUACAGCUGUAGUGGCAGCCAAUGAAGAUCAACAGCCAAGGGAGAAACCGUUGACAACUGACGUUGCUGUUAUGGAAGAUCAACUCCCUAGUUCUACUGUUGCUCAUGAAGUCGAGGUUAUAGAUUUAUUAACCCCGCCUCCUGCCUGUAGAGCCAGAUCAGACAGCAAAAAGAGAAGAAUUUCUAUGUUUUCUCCUGAGAUCAUAGAUCUCACUUAAGCUUUGCUGAGUGUAGAGUGUUGAGCGUACUAAUGAUGAAUAAGAGAAGGGUUAAGGAAGGACACUAACAAUUCUUUUAAUCCAUAAUAAUAAGGAAGGCCUGAACAGGGAACUUAUUUCAAUUCCAUUAUAAAUCCCUGCUUGAAUGUUAAGUAGUUGCUGUUUUCAACAAAUACUACAAUCCUCGGUUAUCUGAUGAUGAGGGAAUCACAUCAUUGUAUGUUAGGAGUGAACUUACCUCUGAAAUAAAAAGUUCAUUUGAAUUUUCAUUUUGAAUUUUCUA